UAGGCUUGUCUGUCUGUAUAUUCUGGAGAAAUGAGUCGCUUUCGGGAUGGAAACUACCUCAACUGGCUUAAAACAACAGAGAGUUUGCACACAUUGAGAGUGGGACUGCGCUCUUUCCUCGAAAACGAAACCGAAACUUAUCACCGCUUUCUAAAGGAGACGCUCAGUAGCUGCACCAAAGAUGCGAUGUGUAAAAUGAAAUGUGAUGGGAAGAUGUGGCAUAAGAAGCCUUUUCAGAUACCUGAGUGUGAGGUGUGCACUCCGUGGAGGGUUCUAAUCUUGGCCAAUCACACUUCAAAAGGUUUGGUGCACUGGAAGGAGUGUUUUCCCCACCUGUGGCCAACGGAGAAAUGGGAAGUGGCCAAGGUGUACAUGCCUCAGGGCCAUCGGGACCACAGGUGUUUUGAUCAGUUUGACAUCGCAGCUCUACUGAACCUCAUGAGCAAGUGUAAACACUUCCAUGAGUUUGUGAAGGACCAACAGAUCAACAAGGACCAACAAAUCAACAAGGUAAACCACUACAGUGACUACACCAAACUACAUUACCCACAACGCAUCAACAAGGUAAACCACUACAGUGACUACACCAAACUACAUUACCCACAGAUCAACAAGGUGACUAGAGUGCGUAAUUGUGUGAUGCACUCUCCCGACUCCACUGUGGCUCAGAGUGACUUUGAACUCUUCCUGUCCACCAUCAAAACCUUCGCCCUCCUCCUGCAGGACCACGCCCCUGACCUCAAGACACGGCCACAGAUUGAUAAGUUGUCUGUGUUGUCUGCUACCUGGUUCUGA